AUGAAUGAGGCUGAUGCUUUUGAUUUUAUUACUACACUUGCUCUUACUAGCGCUUGUAAACAGUGCCACACAAAUUUUGAGAGCAUGUGGUCAAACGAAUCCUACAAGCAAGAUCUAAGAGUGGUGAGCUUCCGCCCGUUACUCAAGUAUUGCCCAACUCGACAUUGUGAACAUCAUCGAAACACCAAGAAAGGCUUCAGCACUGACAGUCCGACUCCUUCACUUUUCCCCACACGUAGCGUCUGCACUCACGUUGACACUCACGCUGUAUUCACUUCGACACUCGUUGAGUCCCCUGACUUAAAUGUGAGCACUGACAUGAACACUUGCUUCGACACAGAUUUGGUAGGCACUGGCAUAGUUGCGCUCGCUUUUCAAAACUGCUUUCGGCACUGGCGUCUACCACAUAAGGGGUUUCUGCACUGGCGUCGAUACUUGUGCUGUACUCGCUCUAACACGGUUGAAGGCACUGGCGUCUACCACAUAAGGGGUUUCUGCACUGGCGUCGAUACUUGUGCUGUACUCGCUCGAACACGAUUUAGAGCACUGGCAUGGCAACUCGGUUUCGCAUUAGCUCGCAACUUUGCUUUCAACACUGCUUUAGGCACUGGCGUCUACCACAUAAGGGGUAUCUGCACUGGCGUCGAUACUCGUGCUGUAUUCGCUUCUACACUGGGUGCGAUGCACUUCCUUCAACACUGGAGUGUGGGCACUGACAUGGACACUUGCUUCGACACAGAUUUGGUAGGCACUGGCAUAGUUGCACUCGCUUUUCAAAACUGCUUUGGCACUGGCGUCUACCACUUGAAGGGGUUUCUGCACUGGCGUCGAUACUUGUGCUGUACUGGCUCUAACACGGAUGAAGGCCCCAUGGAGGGCGCAGUCGCUUUCAACACUGGUUUAGGUACUUACAGACAUUCGCUUCGACACAGGUUUAGGCUUUUGGCAUGGCACUUGCUCACACUGGCUCGCAACUGGCUUUCAAUACUGCUUUCGGUACUGGCAUUCGCAAACGGAUGGGUAAUUAAUGAAGCAAAAAAGAGAGAAGGAUAA